AUGAGUUCGCUGUACUUCGCCAACGCGCUGUUUUCCAAAUACCAGCAAGCCGCCGCGAGCUGCUCCGGUCUGCUCUUCCCGGACUCUCCAACUUCUUCCUCUCCGUCUUCUUCCGCCCUCCACUCCUUCGCUCCCUCUUCCUCUUCGUGCGCGCUCGUCUCCAGCGGAUAUCGCCACCAUGUCUCCGGCGGCAGAGGCGGCGGAGGGCUCCCGCUCCCUCCCUGUUCCUCCUCCUCCUCCUCCUCGUGUUCAUCACUCUCUUCCUCAUCCUCUUCAUCCUCCUGUGCCUCUCUACCGGGGCCGCACGGGAGUGGCGGGGGUAGUCUAGCUGGCGCGCACCUCUCCAGCCCGGCCGGAGUCUACCCGGGAGGGACCGGCGGCUUUUACGCUCAGGGAGCUGCGGCACUACGCUCUCUCCACGGAGCUCUGUUCGAGCGGCACCCGGCGGCUGGGCUGCCUGAGCCGGUCUGCGACAGGCAGAUUGUCCCGGAGCAGCAGCGACAGAACAGCGAUGAACCGCUGAGGAUUUACCCGUGGAUGAGGAGCUCAGGUACCGACAGGCGGCGCGGGCGGCAGACGUACACGCGCUACCAGACGCUCGAGCUGGAGAAGGAGUUCCACUUCAACCGGUACCUCACGCGGCGGCGGCGGAUAGAGAUCGCGCACGCGCUGUGCCUGACGGAGCGGCAGAUCAAGAUCUGGUUCCAGAACCGCAGGAUGAAGUGGAAGAAGGAGAACCGGGCGGCUGGAGGCGGCGGCGGCUCCCCCGCGACGGCCGGGCCGCCGACCGGUGAGGAAGAAGAAGACGAGGAGGAGGAAGAGGAGGAAGGGCAUGAGGAAGAGUGAUGAUGAUGAUGAUUAUCAUUAUUAUUAUUAUUUUCAUUGUAACGGACAGUAUUAACCAACACAGCAGCACUACA